UCCAUUUUGUUGCAAUAGAGACGGGAGUCGGGAGAGAGAGAGAGAAACGGCUGUGAACACCACCUAGGCUUCGAGUGUGACGGGGAAUUGUAAGGAAAUAUAGCUCGCUGUGCUUCCUCGCAAAGUCCGCCCGAGAGGGAGAGGUCACCGCAAGGCGUAUCGCAUAAUUUUCUUGGGACGAAGGGCUCUUCAACAACCGAACCCGAGGAAGUCGGUCCUCUUGGCGCAUCGUGUGCGGCGGUGAAUUGAUGUUCAGCUCGGCUCUCCGGGAAAACAACGCUCAUCGGCACAUGAACACUUCGGACCUCGCUGGACACAGAAGAAGUGCAGCCAGAAGUAGACAGAGAACUACUUCGAGGACCUGGGGCCCGAUCGGAGGUGAACGUUUGAAGACGGAUCUCUGGUGCAGCAACUUUCCGACCACAAAGAGGUGACACGGUAGUGCAGAAUGGGAGGCGGCGAGAGAUACAACAUUCCAGUUUCCCUCCCCGAGCGCCCUUUGCCCAAGAAGAACCAGCUGGGCCGGGCGAAGCAGCGGGGCCGCGACCAGAACGGCGCGGCGGCGGCGUCCGCGGGAGGGGCCGGCGGCCUCCAUCACCUCGGCCACCGCCGCAACGACAAAGUCGCAGCCUACCACAGGUCGCAGGAGGCGCGGCAGGCCGCGUCCGCAGAGAAGGGCGCCUCGGUCCGCUUUGCCACCAACUAUGAUCACAACUGGGAGGGCGCGGUGUCUCACCUGAACACGCUGCUGGCCACGCAGGGGAGUCCGAGCUACGCCGGGCCAAAGUUCAGCGAGCCACCCUCCCCCAGCGUGUUGCCUAAGCCCCCCAGCCACUGGGUGUCCUUCCCCAUGGGGCCCUGUGACCACCGGGAGAUGAUGGCCUUCCAGCUCAAGAGCCUCCUCAAAGUGCAGGCCUGAGAGGGACCCCCCCCCCACACACACACACACACACACAACCCCCCUCCCCACUUACAUCAGAAGCCCACGUAUGAACGAACUAGGACUCUGUUGAGGGCCCCACCCACCAGGAACACCUCAGCGCUGUAAUACUUUUAGUCCCUUUUUUUAAAGAUUGACCUCAGUGUUCGGAGGCAUUUGCAGCAGAGUUUGCGGUGAAAUGUUAAUUUGACACAAACAUUUUAAGCCUACGUUUCUAGAUAUUACAGCCUUGGAGCCUUGCUGGUCGGUAAUGCCUUUUAGUGGAGUCACUUUCUGUGACUUGAUGACAAACUGGAUAUCCCUUCUACUUCUGUUUUUUUGUUUUGUUCUUUUUAAUGUUGGCUGUCGAGCAGAUUGAGUGUGCUAGUUCCCCCCCAAACAACGGUUAUAGUAUAGGUCAGUUAAAUCCCCCUCACUAUUACGGUCCGUUUCUGUGGACAGACAUGCCGUUUGAUUUAUUUGACUCUUAUGAUGAGCCUUUUAGGGGCACAUCUAAAGCUAAAGCUUCCGGUGCUAAAGCAAACUCUUCUUGUAGCAUUUUCCGUUCAUGACUCGGCCCCACCCUCCUUCUCUUUUGCGUAUAACAAUUCUUGUUUGGGGUGGAAAGGACACUCAGACUGCAAUUCUGCAGGGAAAAAGAAGCUUUCUUACCGGAGGUAAUAUGCUGUACAGGUCAAAAGUAUAACCUCAGACUUAAGGGUAAAAAGAGACCAUGGCACACGGGCCUUGGACCGUCUACUCCUGUACUUUUUUUAUUGCGCUGUGCGCACAUGCACUAUAGGAGUCGGGCUCGUCCGAGGCCCAUAACUCUAUCAUAGCAUUAUUUUGUACAAGUCCUUUUAUGAUCGUGGUUGAAAGAAAUAAGUGCUGUGUAACCAAAGCAAUGUUUUAGCUGUAUGCCCCCCUUCCCCCCCUUUGGCCCAUCGUCUAUGUGGGCGGCAGGUUGUUAAACCUUUUGAAGUCUGCGCGGUGAACGAGUGACGGUCCUGAAAGUCACUUCGAACUGUCUUUUCCAAUGAGCACUGUUAUUGCUCCUCGGCCUCCUCAGGACAGCGCUGCAGCUCGGACACGCGGAAGAGGGGCCAGGCUUGGUUGAGUCACGUGACCUGGCCCCGUCUUGGCUGCAUGCAUUCGUACGCGAGGCACGGCGGGGGAGGGUAUCUGAAGUGAAGUGGCCCAAAGGACUCGAAGUGAGGCAGGAGGUUGGUGUUUAUGUUUACAAAAUAGGCUUCAGUAGUUGACCAUCCCAUAAUCAACAGACACUCUGCCUCUUGGUUACCCUCUUGCACUGCAAUCAGACUAGUUUUUAAUCAGUUACAGGCCAGGAUGCUAUUGAGAUGAUGGCGGCGCAAUUGACGAUCUCACUACGGAUAUUUUUCUUUCUUGGACUCAAUUCUCUGUUGAGGCUCUGUUUGCUUUCCCCUUGCAGAAUUGGAGCUGUUUAUUGCCAGCGUAAAGAUGACAAAACAAAGUAUGGGAGCUUGUUAAUGUGUUCAAGAGCCAUGUAAAUAAUGAAGUGUAUAAAGUACUUGUAGCAUAUGUACAUUGGCAGGCGGCGUUUGAGGCCUGGCUGACAAAAGUAUUUUUAGUAACAACACUGAAUGUAUAAGACAUGCUAAGGACGUGUCUUGACUUCAAUGUCUUGACUUCAAUACUGAAGAUUAUUUUUGUUAAAAAAAGAAAAAAGCUGCAAAUAAGCAUUUCUCAACACCCCUGCACUGUUAUCUUUCCAGAGAUCUUGCACAUGUUUUUUAUUGUUUUGUAUUAUGCAGUGUAGGGUGAAAUAUGCUAAGUGCAAAUUAAGUCAAACUGCAAAACAUUAAUUAGGCCCUGAAGGAGACUUGCCCAUGUAUAAACUCGAGAUCGGAAUGUGCUUACAUUAUGUGAGUGUUUCAUCUGGAGUUGACCUGUUUGUGCCUAAGUUGAAAUCCAUGCUGAAACCGACUGUUUCCAUUUGGUGGCUUCACCACGUGUUGAUCAAUGUUUUUCAUCAGAACCAGCUUCAGUUCUCCGCUGUUCUUCCGCCAGCCGACGACUGAACCUGCCCGAUGCCGUUAAGUUCUUACUAUUGGUUGUUCAUGUAAAUGUUUUCUUUCUUGCCCCUGAUCGAGUUGUGCAUGGAGGUCUCCUUGUUCUAAAUUAGAAACAUGUUAUCAAUUGGCUGUUAAUUUGUCCCCCUGAAGAAAUGUCACCGACUAUGAAGAGAAAAUGCCCUGUUUAAUUGGUAUCAAUUAGUUUAAAAGACAGUGUUAAAGCACUCAACCAAAAAAAAAAAGAAUAAAUCCCUUUCCCUCCCCCCUA